ACUUCCGGCCCGGCCCGAUGACGUCGCUGCGGGCUUGUAAUGGGAGAGCCGGGUCCUUCCUAGGUCCGCAGAAAUGGACUCCGAAGUCAAGGAAGAAAUCCCUGUGCAUGAAGAGUUCAUUUUAUGUUGCGGAGUUGAAACCCAGGUUCUGAAAUGUGGACCCUGGACUGAUCUCUUGACUGUCAAGAGUGCCGAUAGGCCUAAGCUGCUGAUUUUCAUUAUUACUGAUGCACAUGCUGGAAACGUCAAGGACGUCUAUGGACUCAGGGGUCAAGUGGAGCACAAGGUCGCCUUCCUGAGGACCCAUGUGCCCAGAGAGAUGAAGCUCGUGCUCAUUGGCCAUUCAGUGGGCUCCUACUUUUCACUUCAGGUUUUGAAGCAGGCGCCUGAGCUCCCUAUCAUCCACGCCUUCCUGCUCUUCCCAACAAUCGAGCGCAUGUCCGAGUCACCCAACGGCAGGAUCGCCACUCCCCUUCUGUGCUGGUUCCGCUAUGCUCUGUACGCGACCGGCUACUUACUGCUGAAACUCUGCCCUGCAAAAGUCAAGUCCUCUCUGCUUAGUGCGGCCCUUGGAAAGAUGAACAUGCCGAAUGAGUUCUCGAUCGUGAACAUGCUGGAGCCAUUCUGUCUUGCAAACGCAGCCUACCUCGGGAGCCAGGAAAUGAUGCAGGUGGUAGAGAGAGACAACGAAACCAUCCGAAAACAUUUGCCCAAGCUUACCUUUUACUAUGGUACGAUCGAUGCUUGGUGUCCAACAGAGUACUAUGAAGACAUAAAGAAAGAUUUCCCAGAAGGAGAUAUCCGGCUCUGUGAGAAGAACAUACCUCAUGCUUUUGUCCUCUACUCGUACCAGUAUAUAGCUGACAUAGUAGCUGACUGGGUAAAGAAUAAUCUGUCCAAGAUAUAAAAACAGGCACCACUGGCUGGGAUAUGGAUCGACCUGCCGACGCCCAUGUUCAGCGGGGAAGCAAUUACAGCAGCCAGACCUUCCACCUUCUGCAUCCCACAAUGACCCUGGGUCCAUACUCCCAGAGGGAUAAAGAAUAGAAAAGCGUGGUCCAGGAGGUGGCGCAGUGGAUAAAGCACUGGACUCUCAAGCAGGAGGUCCUGAGUUCAAUCCCCGGCAGCACAUGUACCAGAGUGAUGUCUGGUUCUUUCCUCCUAUCUUUCUCAUUAAUAAAAAUUAAUUAAUUAAAUAUUUAAGGAAAAAGAAUAGGAAAGCUAUCAAGGGAGGGAAUGGGAUACGGAAUUCUGGUGGUGGGAAUUGUACCCCUCUUAUCCUAUGGUCUUAUCAAUAUUCCCAUUUUAUAAAUAGAAAUUAUAUAUAUUUUUUAAAAAGCAGGCACCAGGGUCUAAAAACUGACAGUGAGCAGUCAGGCAGUGCACUGCCUCCUCUGGUAGGUAGCAUGCAUAGCAGGUGAACAUUGAACUUGAAUGAUACUCUAAAAAGGUUGGGGGGGACCUCGACUUAAAAAAUAACCAGCUCUCCUGUAACUAAUGUCAGCUUUACCUCAGUCAAAAAAAACCCAAAAGCACACAGAUUUAAAAAAAAAAAAUGCUACUGCCUCUCAGUACCCCAUGCUUCAGACUGAAGUAAACACAACAGGCAGAUGUUCCAGAAAUUGGAUGGCACAUUUUCCAAGACUUAGGGAUGACAGUGGCCUGAACAAGGUGUCUAAUGUUUGCUCCAGUGGCAUCAUACAGUUCAGUGUGGUGGGCAGGAUCCUUGCAGACGCACAGAAGUAAACUCAGUUGAUCUGGUUUAAUUGCACUGAAUGAGAGGCUCACCAGAGAAAUGGAUGAAGCAGCUGCAAGCAGAAAAGUGAACGGGCCGACAGGUGACAUGCCCAAGAUCAAGUGGACGGCAACUCACAUCCCAGGAGCAGGCAGUGAUGAGAAGUGAGUCUUGGAGGUGGUGCCAGCCCGUCAUUAAGGACAGAAACUGAAGAUCAGGCCCAGUGAGCUUUGCAAAAGGUCUUGGCUGAAGCCGUCUCAGUCAGGCUGCAGGCCAAGGAGCCUGGAGCCCCAUCCGUUUGCCAUCUCCAGGUUUGGUCACCAACCACUGAGUUGGCACGAGACCAAGCAGGGCCAGCAGGAGGGGGGGAGAGACAUAGCUGUCUCCAUCCCUAAGACGUGUCCCUGAAGUUUGUGACUUCCUGUUGGGCCUGCAGGGGGCAGAGAACAAAGUCAGCCCACUGACCUGAUGAGUACUCUGGGGGAGGCCCUUGAGCCAGCACGAAGGGACACGGCUGUCCCAGGCAGCUGAGAUUUUUAUACACCCCCCCC